AACCAUAAACCCUAAAAUCGAAAGAUCGAAGAAGAAGAAACCACACAAGUAGCGAUUUCGCUCAUCUGCUCGAAUCUUUCGUUUCGCCUCUUCUUCGUACGCUAACUCAUGGCUACCAUUCCAGUUAACCCGAAACCAUUCUUGAACAACUUGACUGGCAAGACUGUUAUCGUUAAGCUUAAAUGGGGAAUGGAAUACAAAGGUUUCCUUGCCUCUGUUGACUCCUACAUGAACUUGCAGCUGGGAAACACUGAGGAAUACAUCGAUGGGCAAUUGACAGGAAACCUUGGAGAGAUCUUGAUCAGAUGCAACAAUGUUUUGUAUGUCCGAGGUGUGCCAGAAGAUGAAGAACUUGAAGAUGCUGAUCAAGACUAGCCUAUGCUUUUGAGGACUUAGAAAUCGUUCUGUCUGUAUUUUUAAAAUCUUGUAUUCUAUGAGCUAUUCAACCCAUGUUCGUGAGAUUUGAGUGUGAUGUUUAAUUUGUUGAUACCUCGAAAGUAGUUUUAUGAUAAAACGUACUUCCUGUCGUUUAUUUUGUCA